GUCUCCUUUAGCGCCGGCACCGGCAUCGUCUCUUCUUCCCCAGUACAGGGUCCACUACUUCCCCUGCACCGGGGCUGACCCUCCGCCUUUCCCCUCAUCCCCGGUACCGCUUCUCCUCCGGUACCGGUACCAGCCCGUCUCCCCGGUGGCACCGGAGCUGCUCGUCCUUCUCCAGCACCAGGACCAACCCUCCCCCGACUCACCGUGACGCCCCUUCUGACCCAGCUUUUAAAACCCACGGAUACCAGAGCAGUGGUAACGAAAAGCCAGGCACAGCGGAGUGGAGCACCGAGAUGAGUGCAGGGAACCCAGUGUCCCCCUGAGCCGGCGAGGACCAGCCAAGGAACAGCCUCAGGGCUUGCUGCUCCGGCACCAUUGGCAAUGCGAGCGAUGACAGACCAGGCUGCGGCGGCGGCGGACACCUCUCCAACCCUGUCACCGUCCCCAGGCUCGCCUCGGUGCCGGGACACUGACGGGCCAACACCACAUCCCACCACCAUCAGGGAAGAUGGCGGCGGCCGGGAUGGCUGCAGGCUCGUAUUCACCAUGGAUGGGGACACAAAGCCUACCCUGUCACCCCAGCCCAGGGGGAUGCUCCUGGCUGACCUCCCACGGGGUCCCCAGCCCCGGCUGAGCCCGCCCAAGUCCUGCACGGCCCCGUCCUCACCCAGCGUCUCCCCAUCGGAGAGCCGGGCCGCCCUGCUGCGGCUGCGCGAGGCCAGGCUGGAGGAGACCAGGAGGCGGCUGUCGGAGGCCGUGCAGGAGCCGCUCAGCUGCCUCAGCCGCCUCAUGGCCGAGGAGAGCGGCCCCGGAGCCCGGGCAAAGGCGGGUGCUGGGGUGCAGGAGGUGGGGGGCAGCCGUGGGGCUGGGGGACAGCGGGCGCAGGACUGGAGCCCCUGGGAGCCUGCCCUGAACUGUCGCUAUGAGAUCUGCUCCUAUGGGGACGUUAUCCAGGUGGUGGAGGUGGCACAGCAGGAUGCCGAACCCCGGCUGCUGCCACCCCCCAAGGAGCCGCAGCCGGUGCGGUCGGGGGGCACAGUGCCAGGCAGAGCCCUCGUCUCCAUCACCCUCCUCGCCUACGGCUACUUCAUCCUGCCGCUGCCGCCCUACGCCGCCGGCCUCUGCCUGGGACUGGUCUGUGGGCUGGUGCUGGGCUUCCUUGCCAUCCUCUUCCUCCUCCUGCCAAAGCCUGCACCAGCAGCACGGGGAUCACGGGGACGCCUGCGCCCUGAGCUGCUCCCAGGGGAGCCACGGGAAAGCUGUCACCUACAGGGCUGGAUGAACCAGCUGCACAUCUACGACCCCGAGCUUUUCCACCCCUCGCUCACACACUCGGUGCUUGCCACGCUGGAUGGGGCCACCCUCAAGCUCUCCUACCCCAAGAGCAACAUCCCGCGCCGAGCAACCUUUGAGGAAGAAAUCCUCGAUGUCACCUUCAUCAGCCACUGCUGCUAUGACCUGACCGAUGCCAAGGUCUUCCUCUGCCCUCCCAGCCUGGCCCGAAAGCGGACGUGGAACAAGAAAUACCCCAUCUGCAUCCUCCUCCCUGAGCCGGCAGAUGGAGAGUGCUGGACCCGUGAGCAGCACGACACGGAGCUGCAGGGGGAUGAAGGGACAAAGAAGAUGCUGGUGCCAGGCCAGGACGUGCCGGGGGACGGCAGGGAGAGGUGUCUGUACCUCUUUGGGCGGACGGGGAGGGAGAAGGAGGAGUGGUACCAGCACCUCGUGCGAGCCUCCCGCGGGACCCCUGGCAGCAGCCGUGGUGACACCAGGGCAGGGACAGGGCUGGCUCCGCAGAGCAGCGGCAGCAGCAGCGGAGGGAGCACCGAGGACAUCCCCUCCGCUGUCCCGCCCAAGGACCUGUCGGGAAGCGUCCGGCAGCACAUUUUCCUGGAUUACAGCACCUACAUGGCCCGAUUUGUGCCGGCGCAGGCAGGGGGCAGCCCGGAGCGGAGCCCCUCUCACAGCACACUGGGCAGCCCCACACCCACAAAGGUGAGUGAUAAAUUUGGUGACAAGUCCAGCACUGGGGUGGGACACGAGCAUAAAGUGGAGGCAGACAGACCCUGUGUGCAGUCAUUUCCAGUCCUGUGGCUCGUUUCCUCCCUCCUGGCACCGUGGUUUGAGCAGCUGAGCGGUGGGGCAGGGAACCCAGCGGUGGGUCCCACCUCAGCCCAGGGGCUGGUGGCUCCUGUCCCCCCGCAGCUCGGUGAGGACGGGCGCAGCAAGGCGGGCAUGGCCUGGAUGAACGCGCUGGUGGGACGCAUCUUCUGGGACUUCCUCCGGGAGCAGUACUGGGCCGAGCAAGUGUCCAACAAGAUCCAGAAGAAGUUGAGCAAGAUCAAGCUCCCAUAUUUCAUGAACGAGCUGACGCUGACAGAGCUCGACAUGGGCACAUCUAUCCCCUUGGUCCUCAGUGCUUCCAACCCCACCAUCAAUGACCGAGGGCUCUGGGUGGACAUGGAGGUCACCUACAGCGGCUCGUUGCAGAUGACACUCGAGACGAAGAUGAACCUCUGCAAGCUGGGGAAGGAGAGCACUGCAGAGGAGAACAGCCCAGCAGAGUCAGGCGGAGAGGGGGCCAGGCCACGGCUGAUCCUACUGGCAGACAGCGAUGCAGAGUCGUCCAGCGCUGGCUCCUCCGACGAGGAAGAUGUCACCGCUGCAGAGCCCAUGGGAGCCCUGGGGGAGCGGGUCCCCCCACCUGGCACAGAGGGCCACGUCAGUGGAAACAGCACGAGCCGGAAGAUCCUGCGCUUUGUGGAUAAGAUCGCCAAGUCCAAGUACUUCCAGAAGGCCACUGAAAACGAGUUCAUCAAAAAGAAGAUCGAGGAGGUUUCCAACACUCCUCUGCUGCUGACGGUGGAGGUGCAAGAGCUGGCGGGCACCUUGGCCGUGAACAUCCCCCCACCACCGACAGACCGUGUCUGGUACAGCUUCCGAGUCCCACCUCGGCUGGAGCUGAAGGUGCGCCCGAAGCUGGGCGAGCGGGAGGUGACCUUCCUCCACGUCACCGAGUGGAUCGAGAAGAAGCUGCAGCAUGAAUUUCAGAAAAUUUUGGUGAUGCCGAACAUGGAUGAUCUCAUCAUUCCCAUCAUGCGCCCUGGUCUGGAUCCUCAGCCACCCACUGGGGACCUGACGAGGGACCCGACAGCCAAGGGAGAGCUGCGGCUCUGAGACACAGCCCCAGGACAGGGCAGAGACACUGCAUGGAGCUCAGGGACCUCGUGGGGACAUGGGGACAGCCAGGGCUGUGCCAUGGGGUCCGAGCUUCUCGGUUCAUCUCAUUCUCAGCACCUUUGUAGAUGAGCCUCUCUAAAUCCUGCAAGCACACGUUCAGAGCAGAACCAGCCCCAGGGCAAAGGGUUUGCUGGAGACCUAAGAGCUUUGCCACCUCCUGCCAGGCUCCCAGGACUCCUGGUAAAGGGGGAACAGCUCUGGAGCAGUGGAGGGCUGGGCUUUCCACCAGCUGGUUCCCAGAGGGGGUGCAGGAUGCCCAGAUCAGUUCUGCACUGAAGGAGCUGUGAUCACCAGUGUGAAUUUUGGGGUUGUCCUGUGCAGGGACAGGAGUUGGACUUGAUGAUCCUUGUGUGUCCCUUCCAGCUCAGGACAUUCUGUAAUUCUGUGAUUGCUGAUACAAGACAUCACAGCUCCAAGAUGCAUCACACCCACCACAGAGGCAGCUGGACUGCGAGGAAAACGCGGGUGGGAAACAAGUCCAAAAUCUGAAUAAAUGAAUCAAUGCCCGGUCUUACCUCA